AUGGGCCAUCUCGACCAGUGGCGUUCUCGUCAGAAGAUCGGCAUGGGCAAGGGUGCCCGCUGCUGCGUCAUCUGCUCCAACCAGAAGGCGCUGAUCCGCAAGUACGAGCUGAACGUGUGCCGUCAGUGCUUCCGUGAAAACGCCGAGCACAUCGGUUUCACCAAGCUGCGCUGA